GCUGGUAGUAGUGUGGUUGACAGUCGAUAGCUCGGAUGGGCAGCAGAGCUCCUCAACUGUCAAUAAUUCAAAUAAUAAAAGUAAUAGUCAAUCAAAACAAUUAUAAACUUGGGCUUUUCAAAUCCAUCCCCACCUUAUCGCCCCCGGUUGCACCUAAAUCUUUAUUAAAUAGGAAUUUCGAGCCUUGCGAAUUGAUUUAAUUCGCAUUCCUGCUCGUGCUGAUUGUAUAGAGUGUUCGUAAAUUACUAGUACAUACCACUGUCAAUAAUACUAGGAUAUUUUGCACUAUAGGUAAUGAAUGGCAAGAUAGUUGAGAAGGAAUUCUAAUCUCUCGUCGGCAUUGUAUACUUUCCAAAGUUGAAAAUGUCACGGUCUGUUCGGGCGGAGACGAGAAGUCGGGCAAAAGAUGACAUCAAGAGGGUUAUGCAAGUCGUCGAUAAAGUUAGGCAUUGGGAAAAAAAGUGGGUCACAUUGGGCGAUACGACGAUGAGAAUUUACAAAUGGGUGCCUGUCGUUGCCGUUGAUAAAAAGAAGAAAGAACAGAGCAACGGAGUGAAAAGGCCACUGACAACUGAAAAUAAUCCACCUUCUAAUGCCGUAUUCAAUGAAGACUCGAAUACCAGCUUCUCAAUCACAAGUGAAUCUCAGGGUGCGGUGGAAUUUUCCGGUGGUGGUUACACCGUCGUUAGUGAAGACUCUCAAAGUUGUGAAGCUUCAUCUCUAGCAAAUAAUUCAAAUUCUGGAUCCGGAGCAUCAAAUAAUAAAAGGCCAAAGUUGGAGCUAUCAAACUAAAGAACUACUUUUUCAUCGUGCUCAUAUUCAUAUUAAAAUGUGAGGUGUGGCAAAAGUGUUUUUACACUGCAGUUUUUUCCCUAAAAGAUUGUUUUGUUUUUAUUAAGCAAGAGGAGCAAUAAGAAUUAUUUUAUUAAAUGUGGUUCUCGAAUUCUAUGUACAAUUUUCACCCUCUUCUUAAUUUAAACCCUUUUACGACCCUAAUGCUUGCUAGUUGGUUAUAUAAUUUAAUUUGAUAAAUAAUUUUUCAUUAAUACGUUCAAUGAGAUUGUUAAAAAUUAUAAUAAUAAUAUUGAAUAAAGCAGAGGGACUGGAAA